AUGGCCUCCGUCGAAGCAACGAACCCCGCCCCCGCGGCGCCCAUCACGGACGAGCAAGCGGCUGCCGACAAGACUGGCAAGCAGGAUAUCAACCCUUGGUCCGUCAGCGGUGAGGUCGAUGCCGAUGGCAAGGUCAAGGCCAUUGACUACGAGAAGAUUAUCAACGAGUUCGGCACCAGCUUGAUCGACGACGCUCUGCUCAAGCGCUUCCAGGAUGUCACGGGCCAGAAGCCGCAUCGCCUGCUCCGACGACAGGUCUUCUUCAGCCACCGCGAAUUGACUCGCAUCCUCGACCGUUACGAGAAGAAUGAGCCCUUCUUCCUAUACACGGGCCGCGGCCCUUCUAGCGACAGUAUGCACAUUGGCCACACCCAGGUGUUUGACUUUGUCAAGUGGCUCCAGGACGUCUUUGACGUUCCUCUGAUUAUUAUGUUGACGGACGACGAAAAGUUUUUGUUUUCCGAAAAGAGAACCGUCGACGAGGUCAUUGGCUACUCCAAGAAGAACGCCAAGGAUAUCAUUGCUGUGGGCUUCGACCCCAAGAAGACCUUCAUCUUCUCUGAUUUCGAGUAUGUCGGCGGCGCAUUCUACAAGAACAUUGUUCGCUUUGCCAAGCGUGUCACAUUCAACACUGCCAAGGCCAUCUUUGGUUUCGACGGUAGCUCCAACAUUGGCAAGAUUCACUUUGCCAGUAUCCAGGGUGCUACCUCAUUUGCCUCUUCUUUCCCUCACAUCUUUGGCGAGGAUGAGCUCCGCACAAACGCCAUCCCCUGCCUGAUUCCCUGCGCCAUCGACCAGGACCCCUACUUCCGUCUGACAAGAGACUGUGCUGUCGGCAUGAAGUGUGCCAAGCCCGCUCUUAUUCACAUGCGCUUCUUGGAUGCCCUCCAGGGUCCCGGCUCCAAGAUGUCUGCCAGUGACGAAACCUCUGCCAUCUUCAUGAGCGAUACACCCAAGCAAAUCCAGACCAAGAUCAACAAGUACGCCUUCUCAGGUGGCAGAGAGACCGUAGAGGAGCACCGUGAAAAGGGUGGAAACCCCGACGUCGAUGUGUCCUACAAGUACCUUGAGUUCUUCCUUGAGGAUGACGACAGACUCAAGGAGAUUAGAGAGGAAUAUAUCAGCGGCAAGCUCUUGACGGGGGAUCUCAAGAAGAUUUGCAUUGAGGAGGUCCAGAAAUACGUCGCCGGUUUCCAGGAGAGACGAGCCAAGGUUGAUGAGGACGUUGUGAAGAACUUCAUGUCCGUCCGACCUUUGGAGUGGGCCGGAAACCCCAAGCUACCUCGCACCGACCUUGUUGUACCUGUAGUAGCUCAAGGCGAUGCUGCCGCUGUUGGUGCCGCUGAGGGUGAUGGUAAGCUGAGCAAGAAUGCUCUUAAGAAGAUUGAGAAGGAAAAGCAGAUUGCUGCUAAGAAGGCUGCCCAGCAGGCCGAGAGAGAUGCCAAGGCAGCUGCCGCAGCUGCUGCUGCUGCUACACCCCAGUAG